AUGGGGUUGGCUGGCGGCGCCUUCGUCCCCAUCCUCCUCCUCCUCCUCCUCGUCCCGCCGGAGGCUCUGCCAGCCCCCUGCUCCAGCGGCGGCACCGCCGUCGGUCACCGCUGCGUUUGUCCCCCCGGCCGCUCCGGCCAGCGCUGCCAGACCCCGGACCCGUCCAGCGCCUGCCGGAACGGCGGCACCGCCGUGGGCACCGCCUGUUUCUGCCCGCCGGGGUUCGGCGGCGCCCGGUGCCAGCGCCCCGACCCCGGCAGCGCCUGCCGGAACGGCGGCAGCGCCUUCGGCACGGCGUGCGUGUGCCCGCCGGGGUUCGGGGGGGACGCGUGCCAGCACCGGCUCCCGCCGCGCUCCUGCCUCAACGGCGGCACCCUGGAGAACGGGACGUGCCGCUGUCCCCCCGCGGCCUGGGGACCGCGGUGCGAGUGCGCCGGGACGGGCGCGGUGACGGACGGAAGGGUGGCGGACGGAGAGGUGAUGGUGACAAACGGCGCGGUGAGAAACGGGAAGGUGACGGCGACAAACGGCGCGGUGACGAAUGGGAAGGUGACAAACGGAAAGGUGACAAACGGAAAGGUGACAAACGGCGCGGUGAGAAAUGGGAAGGUGACAAACGGAACGGCGACAAACGGCACAAGGACGAACGGCGCAGUGACAAACGGCACGGUGACAAAUGACAUGGUGACAAACGGAACAGUGACAAACGGAACAGCGACAAAUGACAUGGUGACAAAUGACACGGUGACAAACGACACGAUGACAAAUGACAUGGAGACAAAUGACACAGUGACAAAUGGAACGGUGACAAAUGGCACGGUGACAAAUGACGUGAUGACAAGCGACACGGUGACAAACUACAUGGGAAUGGUGAGGGUGACAGCCACCACCGCCGCGGGAGGUGACACCGCUGAGAGCGGCACAGACACGGCGCCGGCGCGGCGGGCGAGGAACGUCACGGCCAGACCGGCAGAGGGAAGGGUCACCGGCGUGGGAAGGGUCACCAACGGUGGCAGAGCCACGGGGAGGAACGGAAUGGUCACUGCUGUGGUCAGCGCCAACACGGUCAGUGACGUGGUCAGUGCUGACACGGUCAGUGACGUGGUCACCGACACGGUCAGUGACGUGGUCAGUGCCAACACGGUCAGUGACGUGGUCACCAACACAGACCAUGACAUGGUGACCACCCCAGAGAGUGACACAGUGGUCAGUGCUGACACGGUCAGUGACGUGGUCACCAACACGGACCAUGACAUGGUGACCACCCCAGAGAGUGACACAGUGGUCACCAACACGGUCAGUGACGUGGUGACCACCCCAGAGAGUGACACAGUGGUCAGCGCCAACACGGACCAUGACGUGGUCAUCGUCACGGACCAUGACGUGGUCACCACCCCAGACAGGGACACCGGGGUCAGGGGUGGACGCGUCCCCACGGCCACCACAGCAGCGGUCAGCGCCGCGACACCACCGGUCACUCACCGGGUGAGAAAUGUCACGGCCACGCCGGGGAGGAGCCACGCCAGGGCCACCACGGCCAUGGAGGGUGACACCACGGUCAGCGAGGGUGACACUGAGGCCACUCCUGUGGAAGGUGACACUGAUGCCACCCCCGUAGAAGGUGACACUGAUGCCACACCAGUGGACGGUGACACUGAUGCCACCCCCAUAGAAGGUGACACCGAGGCCACACCAGUGGAAGGUGACACUCAUGCCACCCCCAUGGAAGGUGACACUGAUGCCACUCCCGUGGCCACCACCGUGGAAAGUGACACCGUGACGGUGCUACUGGGACACCUGGGAGGCCACAGCAGGGCCACCAGCCUGGAAAGUGACACCAGGGCCACCACCCUGGAGAGCCACCCAACGGCCCCUGCCAAUGUCACCUCAACGCCAGCCCCGCCCAGUGUCACCGAGACCACGCCCAACAUCACCGAGACCACGCCCAACGUCACCGAGACCACGCCCAAUGUCACCGAGACCACGCCCAACAUCACCGAGACCACGCCCAACAUCACCGAGACCACGCCCAACGUCACCGAGACCACGCCCAAUGUCACUGAGACCACGCCCAACAUCACCGAGACCACGCCCAAUGUCACUGAGACCACGCCCAAUGUCACCGAGACCACACCCUACGCCACCAAAGCCACCGGGCCACUGGGCCACGUCUCUGCUGGGACCAACCGGGACUUUGUCACCAUGACAACAACCCCUGUCACCGACGGCACCUAUGGUGACUUUGUCACCAUGACAACGACCCCUGUCACCGAUGGCACCUACGGUGACUUUGUCACCAUGACAACAACCCCUGUCACCGACGGCACCUACGGUGACGUUGUCAUCAUGACAACAACAACCCCUGUCACUGACGGCACCUACGGUGACUUUGUCACCAUGACAACAACCCCUGUCACCGACGGCACCUACGGUGACUUUAUCACCAUGACAACGACCCCUGUCACCGACGGCACCUACGGUGACGUUGUCACCAUGACAACAACAACCCCUGUCACCAAUGGCACCACUGGCGACUUUGUCACCAGCACGGCCACCGUGGCCACCAUCUGCCUGUACCUCCCCCACGGCUCCAGCCCCCCGGCCAUCGUGUGCCACAACGGCGGCGUCCCCAACCGCACGCGCUGCCUGUGCCCCCCCGGCUUCUCGGGCCCCACCUGCGAGACCCCAGACCCAAACGACCGCUGCGCCGGCGGCAGCACCGCGGUGGGCGGGAGCUGCGUCUGCCCCCCGGGCCGGGCGGGGCCGCGCUGCGAGACCCCCGACCCAAACUCGGCCUGUCGCCACGGGGGCACCGCGGUGGGCACCCGCUGCUACUGCCCCCCCGGGUUUGGGGGCCCCCGCUGCGAAGACCCCAGACCCACCACGGCCCAGCCGGCCACGCCCCCGCGCCGCACCAGAGCCACCAGGAGGACCACGACCACCACCGUGCCCACCACCAGAGACCCCUGCGUGAACGGGGGGUUCUGGACGGGGGUGAUGUGCCUGUGCCCCCCCAACACGGACGGCGCCCGCUGCGAGUUCGGCGCCGCCACCAUCAACCUGACGGCAGAGCUGGGGCCCUCCGUGGCCAUGGUGGCGCGUGUCACCAACCGGCGAUUCUCGGAGGACAUGGCGGACGCGGCGUCCCCCCGGCACCGGCGAUUCGCCGAGGAGUUCAGCCGGACGAUGGACGGGAUCUACCGGAACGUGUCCGGCUACGGCGGGAUCGAUGUCCUGAGCCUGAGCCGCGGCAGCGUCGUGGUCAGUUACCGCGUCCGGCUGCGGCCGCUGCCCGGCACGGCCGGCCCGGAGCGCCGCGCCCCGGAGCUGCUGGCCCUGGCCAACGCCGCCGCCCCGCCCCGCGGCUGCCACCCCUCGGCCGACGAGCUCUGCUUCAGCGUCACCUCCGCCAGAGCGGCGACACCGGCGCUGAAUGACACUGGUGAGUGA